AUGGCGACCUCACAACCCCACCCCCUAAACAUCCUCAUCACCGGCGCCGGCGUCUGCGGCCCCCUCCUCGCCCUCAUCCUCCAACGCAGCAACCCCACCCACACCAUCACAAUCCUAGAACGCUACCCCUCCCUCCGCACAGGCGGCCAGCAAAUCGACCUAAAAGCGCACGGCAUCCCCAUCAUGCAGAAACUUGGUCUCCUCGAAACACUCCGGCCCUACUGUGUCCAUGAAAGCGGUCUAGAAUUCAUUAAUGGAAACGGCAAGAGCUUGAUGCAGUUUGGUGUGACGGCUGCGGGGGAGAAUCCGGGAAGGACGCUGACGAACGAGUUUGAGUUUAUGAGGGGGGAUUUUGUGAGGUUGGUUUAUGAUAUCAGUCUCCAGGAGCGCGAGAUAUUGGAUGAACAAGGGUAUGGUGGGAGUUUGAAGUAUGUCUUCGAUACGACCAUCACUGCAUUCUCACCAAAUCCAUCGACAAAGACAACAACAGUGACUUUCUCCACGGGCUCGACAUCGACAUUCGACCUCGUCAUCGCCGCAGAUGGCCAAUCGUCACGGACCCGCCGCCUCGCCUUCGGUCAAGAAACCAGUGACGCGUCUUUCAAAUCCCUAAACAUACACGCCGCGUACUACAACGUCCCGCGCCUGCCCACGGAAAACAGUCUCGCGCGUAUCUACUUCGGUCCGCAGAACCGCAUGGUCAUGACACGCACGGGCGACCGUCCCGUCACACAAGUCUACCUCUUCCUCUUGAACAACCGUGAGGAGCGGGCGAGUCGCAUGAGGGGUACGUAUAAGAAGCCAUUGGAUGAGCAGAAGGCUGUUUGGACCGAGGAAUAUGGUGAUGCGGGAUGGGAGUGUCCGCGGUUUCUGAAGGGGUUGGAAGGGGCAAAGGAUUUCUACGCUACAGAGAUUGGGCAGGUUAAGAUGCCAGCUGGGCAAUUGUAUAAAGACCGGGUUGUCUUACUCGGAGACGCGGGGUAUUGUCCCUCUGCUUUUACGGGCAUGGGGACAACACUAUCACUUAUCGGCGCGUAUGUCCUCGCUGGUGAAUUAGCGAAGUGCGGCAGUGAUGUCGACGCAGCGCUGGACGCGUAUCAAGAGGUGAUGAAGCAGCCGGUUGAGGAGUGUCAGGAGCUGGGGCCAUUGGUGAAGGAAUGGAGGUUCUUUCCGGAGUCGGCAUGGGGAGUUUGGGCCGUGGGCUGGGUGCUUUGGUCGAUCUCGACAGCGAGGGUGGACAAGGUGUUGGGGUGGCUUGCGGGGUGGCUGCCGGAGGGGAAGGAGAAGAGGUGGGAGUUGCCGGAGUAUGAGCACCUGAACUUGAGGGCGCCGAAGAUGGAGUGA